CUGGCCCCGCUGCUGUUCAACUUGUUCUUUGCCGCGAUGCUCAUGGUUGCCGUGGCCGAGUUCGACAAGGACCCCAAGGUGACGGCGGACAUGGUCAAGAUCGGGACACAAGUGGAGUACACGGGCAAGAAGGGCAGGUCGGCGGGGAGGAAGACGACGGUGGUGACGGACGCGGAGGCCUUGUGGGCCAUGCUCUACGCUGACGACGCGGCCAUCGUCUCGCGCUCGCCGGAGAGUCUCGAGAAGACGAUGUCGGUCAUCGUGCGCGUGGCCGGCCUGUUCGGACUGAUGGUGUCGGAGCCUACGACGGAGAUCAUGUGCAUGUUGCCAAAAGGGAUCGAGGAACGCCCGUUCACGGACAGCGCCGCCGGCCAGACGUACAAGCAGACAGAUCGGUUUGUGUACCUCGGACGUACCAUCUCCGCGGACGGGAAGGCCGACCGGGAGAUCACGAGCCGCAGCUGCCGAGCGUGGAAGUGCUACCGCCGGAACAGUGCUUCGAUGUACGACAGGCGACGG